CACCAUGGAAGCGCUCGGUUUGGUCACGUGGUGCCCCAGGAUACGCCCGGUGGCUGCUGUGGGGUCUGGGGCUCUGGCAGGGGCCAUUUUGCCGAAGGCAUCCUCCCGGAGUUGGGAGCGGCUUGGCAGCUAACUGAAGCUGUUCCUUUCCCUCCUCUACAGCUUGGGGCUUGGAGAGGAACCUGGAAGGCUGGGCUCCAUCGAGCCCUUCAGAGACAAUGGUUUCCCCUAGCUUUUGCCACCUGGCCACCCUGUAUGGCGGCUGUGCCCCCUGCGCUGCUCCUGCUGCCGCACCUUCCAGCCCGCUGUGCCUGUCGCCUUCAGAGCUGCAGUCGUCCUUCCGCCCCAGAGACUGAUGAUAGUCGAGGUGGGGGCACCAUGAGAGGCGAGAAAAACUACUGCCGUGGAGCUGCCGGAGACCACGGUUCCUGCCCCCCGACACCUUCGCCUCUGGCCUCGACCCUCGUGAUGCCCGCGGAAGCUAUCACGAGUAGUUGGUGUGGGUCUGGAGGUGGUUUAUCAGCGGGAGACGAAGAGGAGACUCGGCUUCUUCAACUCCUCAGGACCGCGCCAGAUCCUUCCGAGGCCUUCCAGGCUUUGCAGGCUGCUUUGCCGCGGCGGGGCGGUCGACUCGGCUUCCCCCGACGGAAGGAAGCAUUGUAUCGGGCCUUGGGCCGGGUGCUUGUGGAAGGAGGUAGUGAUGAGAAGCGACUCUGCUUGCAACUCCUCUCGGAUGUUCUCCGGGGUCAGGGGGAGGCAGGCCAGCUGGAAGAGGCCUUUAGCUUAGCACUUCUGCCUCAGCUGGUUGUCUCCUUAAGAGAAGAGAAUCCAGCCCUACGGAAAGAUGCGCUACAAAUCCUGCAUGUCUGUCUGAAACGUAGUUCUGGACAGGUGCUGAGAACGCUUAUACAACAGGGCCUGGAAAGUACCGACGCCCGGCUUCGAGCUUCCACAGCACUGCUCUUCCCUAUCCUGCUUACUCCUGAGGAUUUGUUGCUCAGCCUGGAUCUCACCGAGGUAAUAAUAUCCCUAGCCAGAAAACUUGGCGAUCAGGAGAUUGAAGAAGAAUCUGAGACUGCUUUCUCUGCGCUUCAGCAAAUCGGGGAACGACUUGGCCAAGAGAGAUUUCAGUCCUAUAUCUCUCGCCUGCCGUCCGCGCUGAGGAGACACUACAAUCGCCGCCUGGAGUCUCUGUUUGGAAGUCAGGUUCCUUAUUAUUUGGAAUUUGAAGCCUCUGGGUUUUCUGAAGAUCCUCUCCCCUGUGCAGUGACUCUUUCCAGCAGCAAUCUUAAAUUUGGGAUUAUUCCUCAAGAGCUGCAUUCAAGAUUGUUAGACCAGGAAGACUAUAAGAACCGGACUCAGGCUGUUGAGGAACUAAAACAGGUGAUGGGAAGAUUUAACCCUAGUUCUACCACUCAUCCCAGUCUUGUCGGUUUCAUUAGCUUGCUGUAUAAUUUGUUAGACGAUUCUAACUUCAAAGUGGUCCAUGGCACACUUCAGGUGCUGCAUUUACUGGUUAUUCGCCUUGGAGAGCAGGUACAACAGUUCUUGGGACCAGUUCUAGCAGCUUCUGUCAAAGUGCUGGCAGAUAACAAGUUGGUAAUCAAACAAGAAUACAUGAAAAUUUUCCUCAAGCUAAUGAAGGAAGUAGGUCCUCAACAGGUGCUUUGUUUACUGCUGGAACAUCUCAAACAUAAGCAUUCCAGAGUGAGAGAGGAGGUAGUGAACAUUUGCAUCUGCUCCCUCCUGACUUAUCCCAGUGAGGAUUUUGACUUAACAAAACUGUCCUUUGAUCUUGCCCCAGCUCUUGUGGAUAGCAAACGUAGGGUCCGCCAAGCAGCUCUUGAGGCCUUUGCUGUGUUGGCGUCAUCAAUGGGCUCAGGUAAAACCAGCAUCCUUUUCAAAGCUGUGGAUACUGUUGAACUGCAAGAUAAUGGAGAUGGAGUGAUGAAUGCAGUGCAGGCCAGGCUGGCUAGGAAAACCCUCCCAAGGUUAACAGAACAGGGAUUUGUGGAAUAUGCAAUACUGAUGCCAUCAUCUGCCCAGGGCAGGUCAAGCCAUUUGGCACAUGGAGCAGAUACAGAUUGGCUUUUGGCUGGUAACAGAACUCAGAGUGCACACUGUCACUGUGGUGACCACGCAAGGGACAGCCUGCAAAUUUAUGGAUCUUACAGUCCAACCAUAUGUACUCGAAGGGUACUAAGUGCAGGAAAAGGAAAAAAUAAAUUGCCAUGGGAAAAUGAGCAGUCUGGAGUCCUGGGAGAAAACCAGACCUCCAAUUCCAAGGAUAUCGGACAGUUUUCAGCAUAUGAUUUCAUCCCAUCUCCAAAAUUAAAGCCCUCUCAAGGAAUGCCAGUCAAUGAUGAUUUAUGUUUUAGCAGAAAAAGAGUGUCAAGAAACUUAUUUCAGAAUAGUCGGGAUUGUAACCCAGAUUCUCUUCCUGUGUGUGCUGCUGGCAGCACUGGGACUCACCAGACAAAUGUUUCUGGGAAAUGUGGACAACUUGGAUUUUCACAGAUUUGUGGGAAAACUGGCAGUGUGGACUCUGACUUACAGUACCUGGGGACAACUAAUAGUCAUCAAGAUAAAGGAUAUGGUAGCCUAAAUUUUGCCCCUAAGACACAGCAGACGUUUGGUAGCCAAACAGAACGUACUUCAUCAUACUCUGGUCUAAAUCCAAGUCCAGGAGGCUUCAUCCUUCCAUCCUAUCCUCUCUCAUCACCUCGAACUAGUCCAAAGCACACAUCUCUUACUGUAUCUCCAAAGAAGUCUCAGGAUAAUUCCAUUAAUUUCUCUAAUUCCUGGCCUCUUAAAAACUUCGAAGGACUGCCAAAGUCGAGUCCACAGAAAAAACUUGUCAGCCAAAAGUCUUCUGACCCUCCAGGUAGAAAAGAUGGAGAAAAUUCUCAAGAAAAACUGUCUCCAGUUCAACUUACACCUGCCUUGGUGAGAUCACCAUCUUCCCGACGAGGCCUAAAUGGGACCAAACCUGUCCCUCCCAUACCAAGGGGAAUCAGCCUUUUGCCUGAUAAAGCUGACUUAAGCACAGUGGGACCCAAAAAGAAAGAGCCUGAUGAUAUUUGGAAGAGUGAGAAAGAUAGUCUUAGAAUCGAUCUUUCAGAAUUGGAUAUCGGAGAUAAAGAUUUGGAUCAAGAAGAGUGGGUUUGGUCAGACAUAUUUCCAACAUUUGGAUCAAAACUUUGUCCUACAAGACUUUCUUCUGCAAAGAAUAAAAACUCUGAGAUAGCCGACCAAAGCCCCAUUGAAGAGAUUACAGCUUCCAGUGUGAGCAUAAUUGGUCAACGUAUGAACUAUGGGUUUGGAAGUGGUGAUUUUGAAGAUGAUAUGUCCCAUGACAUUUCACCUAGUGUUUUCAAAAUACCAAAUAAGGAACACUCAAGACAUAAACAUACAAAAGCAUUUCCAGGCCCAUCAUCAAAUUUACAGCAAAUUCCCAGUUUUGACUUCACAUCCACAAAUACCUUACCAGAAGACUCAGUAGUAGUUGUUGGAAAAGGUGUAUUUGGAAAUCCAAAUUCAGCACCAGCAGCCUGCAGCCAACCAGUGAUAUCUUCUGUGGAAAAUGGAGAUACGUUUUCAGUUAAACAAAGCAUUGAACCACCAUCAGGGAUUUAUGGAAGAGCAGUCCAGCAAAGUAUUCAAUCAUUUGUUGAUGUUGAGAAUGAAAAGGAUAUUAAAGUUUCUAUUUCAAAAUCUACUUAUGACAAGAUGAGACAAAAGAGAAAAGAGGAAAAAGAACUUUAUGACAUUAAAGAUGGUGAAAAGAAAGAACAGAAUUCCUGGGAGCAAAUGAAACAUACAGGAACUGAGAAAAUGGCAUCUGAAAGUGAAGCAUCUCCUGGAGCCAUUCCACAAUAUAAAGAAAGGAUUCCUCCUGUGACUCAUAGUCCAGAAAUAAUGGAUACAUCGGAACUACGGCCAUUUUCCAAACCAGAAAUAGCACUGACAGAAGCUCUGAGGCUUUUAGCUGAUGAGGAUUGGGAGAAGAAAAUUGAAGGACUGAAUUUUAUUAGAUGUUUAGCUGCUUUUCAUUCUGAAAUAUUAAACACAAAGUUGCAUGAAACAAGUUUUGCAGUAGUUCAAGAGGUGAAAAAUUUACGCUCUGGAGUUUCUCGUGCUGCUGUGGUCUGUUUAAGUGAUCUUUUUAUGUACCUAAAAAAGAGCAUGGAUCAAGAACUAGAUACUACAGUAAAAGUCUUGUUGCACAAGGCUGGAGAAUCAAACACAUUUAUCCGAGAAGAUGUUGACAAAGCCCUGAGAGCCAUGGUCAGCAAUGUAACUCCUGCUCGUGCAGUCGUUGCUCUUAUCAAUGGAGGACAAAGCCAUUUACACAUUGCGGUAAGAAGAUGUACAGCCCAGCACUUAGCAGAUGUAGUGGAGUUUAUGGAACCAGAGCGUAUUUUAUCUGGAGCCAAGGAUAUGGCUGACCGUAUAUUACCAGCUGCUGCCAAGUUUGCUCAGGACAGUUCACAAGAAACAAGGUACUAUGGUCGAAAGAUGCUUUUCCUUAUGAUGUGUCAUCCAAACUUUGAUAAAAUGCUUGAAAAAUAUGUCCCAUCUAAAGAUUUGCCAUAUAUUAAGGAAUCUGUUAAGAGCUUACGGCAAAAGGGUUUAGGAGAGAUGCCGCUAGAAACUCCUUCAGCAAAAGGAAGACGAUCUCAUACUGGCACUGUUGGAAAUACAAGGUCAUCCUCCGUUUCUAGAGAUGCUCUCCAUUCAGCUGAAAGAGAAGUAACUGAAAUUCGUGACAUCACCAGAAAAUCAGUUCCCCGCAGUUCCUUAGAAAGUGCUGAAUACAUUAAAGUCAUAACAGGUUUAUUAAAUGCAAAAGACUUCCGUGAUCGUAUUAAUGGGAUUAAGCAGCUUUUAUCAGAUACUGAAAAAAAUCAAGAGCUUGUUGUUGGAAACAUUGUGAAGAUCUUUGAUGCUUUUAAAUCUCGACUUCAUGAUUCCAAUAGUAAAGUAAAUCUGGUGGCUCUGGAAACAAUGCACAAAAUGAUUCCUUUGCUUAGAGACAAUUUAUCUCCUAUAAUCAACAUGCUAAUUCCAGCAAUAGUAGAUAACAACCUGAAUUCUAAGAAUCCAGGCAUCUAUGCUGCUGCCACAAAUGUUGUUCAGGCGCUGAGUCAGCAUGUAGACAAUUAUUUACUGCUACAGCCAUUUUGCACAAAAGCUCAGUUUUUAAAUGGAAAAGCAAAACAAGAUAUGACGGAAAAGCUUGCUGAUAUUGUCAUGGAACUUUAUCAAAGGAAGCCCCAUGCUACAGAGCAGAAAGUGUUGGUUGUUUUGUGGCAUCUCUUAGGGAACAUGACAAAUAGUGGCUCUCUGCCUGGAGCUGGAGGAAAUAUACGAACCGCCACAGCUAAAUUAUCAAAAGCACUUUUUGCACAGAUGGGUCAGAAUCUAUUAAAUCAGGCUGCAUCUCAACCACCACAUAUCAAAAAGAAUUUAGAAGAAUUGCUCGAUAUGACAAUAUAAAAUGAAUUAUGAUUCUUUGUUGAAAUAUAGAAUGAUGAACAAAAUUGUUUACAUGAUGACAGAUGGAACUUUUUAAAGUCACAUUUUCAGUGCCUGCGUUUCUCAUCUAGUAAAUUAAGUCAAUGGCUAUUUGUAUUUGCAGCCAGUGGGCAUACAUCUGCCCUGUAUCAACCCUACCACUUGUAUCCAUCACACAGAAACCUAAAAGAAUUAGUAUAACCUAAUAUUCAUGAAAUCUGAGACACAUGGAAUGAAUCCAAUUACAAUAUUUUUGAGGAAAGUCCUGCUCAUUUGCACUGUUCUAUAGAAGCCACAAUUCAUUGCCCUAUAUGUACAAUUAGAUUUGUGAUUAAAAAUAUACUUUUUAUUGUGUAAUCAUGUUCUGUCAUUACUCAGCCUUAUUUUAUGAAGUUAAAGAAGUCAUUGAACUAUGUUAUCACAAACUAACUUUUGUGUGCUAUUUGUGAAAAACAUGUAUUUCUGAAAUCAGUCUGCUAAUAUGAUUGUGCAGUAUUAGCUUGCUUUUGCUGCUGUGUUAAUGUGAUAUAUUUGCUUACCUUUUGGGUUUAAUCAUCUACAUAAUCAUGAAGUUUUACACAUUAUAAUGAAGCAUGAUGACCAAAGUUUUAGAAAACACUUAAACAUUUUAAAUGCACGUUUAAGAAAACGUGUUGAAUGUAACUUUCCUAUUUUUGUGUGCAAACACUAAAUUUUAUUUCUAUAUGUCCUGACAUUUAUAAAGGUGUUAUUUUGCUGCCCAGUUGUGUAAUUCUCAAAAAUAGUACCAGGUCUUCUAUAGGCUUUUCUCAGAAUUCUUGGGCUAUAAGUACUGUAUGCAUCUUAAGAAGAAAAGGAAUGUUAUAAAAUAAAAGGAUUUAUUUCUGUA